CAUCAGAUAGGAGCAUCUGGAUUUCGCUCACUGACCCAAGCCCAGACUCUGUAUCCAGUGCGCCUGCGAUAUAUCCCAGUGCUAGUCCAGGAUCGCUUCUGACUGCGACAUUAUGCACACGCGAUAAUGACCAGGGUUCUCCUCUCGCUAUAGGCGUACCGCGGUCAUGGCUGCAGCGCUACAAGGAAUUCAUGGCGCACCAGCAAGCGCACGGGGCCACGCUCUAUCGCCUUGGCGCGUGUGCCACCGUCUUCCGAGCACGGUCUCUCUGACGGUCUCGUCAGCGGUACUGCGCGGUCGCACUCACUCGCAUGCAUUGCCCCCCUCUCACGGCAGUCGGAGAGGGGCUUGGCUUGCGAGAAGCGCGCAAAGAAGCGAGGAGAGCGGAAGGAAACGGCGGAAAGUGCGGAACGCGCUGACAGAGGCAGCAGGAGGAGAUGGAGGGUUGGGGGGAGGCGGAGUGGGGAAUGGAGGCGGGAGCGGAGGUGGAAAUGGGGGAGGAGGGGAGGGUUCGGAUGAGGGAGAGGAGGAUGGGCAAGACAGGAAUCACUUGCUGCUGCGUAUAUUUCUGGCUCUGAAUGCUCUACUCGAGGACGCAUCUGCAUUUCUUUCACAUGGGCUCUCACUCAUACGCACACUCCCAGGCAUACUCAUAGAACGCCUUUCUGAUUGCACAUUAACCCUCAUUGCACAUGCAGCACACUUCCUCCGAUCUCUGAAUCUUCCCCCUUCCCCAUCCUCCCUGCACCACCAUCCCGCCUGGCUCCGCCUCCCCCUCCUCCUCGUCCCCCUCCUCGCUCUCCUCUCCCCCUCCGCCUCCGCGUCCCUCAUCCCGCUCGCCAGACUCAGCACCUCCCGCACCUACCGCUGCCUCCAGCUGUCCGUACAGGACGAAUCCGGCCACCCGCUGCCGCCCUCCGCUGACGUGUACGACGCGUUUGCGGUGCAGCCGGGCGACGUGUUCGUGAGAAGGGACGUGGAAGAUGCGGUGCAGCACCUUCUGAGCCUCGGAUGGUUCUCCCACGUGGAAGUUUCCUGUAGACCGCAGCGCUCCGGGUGGACUUACCUGCAGCUCACUAUUAAAGACAUGCACUACCCCCCGGCUACUAUCGCAAAAUGCGUCAACGUGGGCGUGUCAGCGCAGGAGGGAGCAGGGGGGGGAGAGGGAGGAGCAGCAGCGCGUAAGUGUCUGUUGCCUGAGAGCGAGGAGCGGGAGCUGUCAAGGUGGCUGUCCCGACAGGGCCCGUCGCUCUCCCAGCCGCUGCUGCAGCAGCUCGCAGCGAGGAUAGAGGAGUGGUAUGCGCAAAAAGGCUAUGUCCUGGCUCGAGUCAGAAGCUUUGUGCCGCCGGGGAAGGGAGGAGCGGGAGCGGAGGGGGGAAGAGGAGGGGGAGGCGAGGUGGUGUGCCACGUGGUGGAGGGGGACGUGACGAGGGUGCAGGUGCGGUUUGUGGACGCGGGCGGCAACACUGUCAAGGGCCGCACGUCGCUGGCGUUGCUGCACCACGUGCUGCCCCGGGAGCUGCGGCCAGGGGUGGUGUACAACGCGCGGGUGGGGCGGGAGGUGGUGCGGGCGCUGUACCGCUUGGCACUGUUUGAGUCGGUGCAGGUGCACCUGCGCCCGGACGAGACGCGCGGGCAGCACGGGGGCGUGGUGGUGGACGUGGAGGUGCGCGAGCGACCCAUGGCCGCCGCCACUGCUGAUGCCGACUGGAACUUCGCCGUGCCGCCCCAUGGGUGGUUCCCUCGCCUGGACUCCAUCUUCCCCGGGUGUCGCGUGCACGUGGAGCAGCAUGGGCUGGGGGGCAUGAACCGGUCGCUGUACCUGGACGUCUCCACACACAACAUCAUGUACCCGCAGGACGACCUGUCUCUCAAGCUUGAGUACGUGCAUCCGUUCCUUGACGGCCUUCCUCCCCUGCCACGCAACGCCCUCUCCCACCCACCCACCCGCGCCUCCUCCUCCUCUCCUUCCUCUGCCACACACACCUCCACCCCUCCCCCCUGCACCCCGCGCAACCCGCGCUCGCUGCGUGCAGCGAUCUUCAACUCGCGGCGCCUGUCAUCCGCCCUGGCCUUCCAGGGCCCCACUGCGCCCCUCGCCCUCUCCCUCGACGCGGGGCCGCUGUGGGUGGACCGCACAGGGGCGAAGGUCUCGCUCACUGAGGAGUUGUCGAGUCAGAGUCGCAGCAGCACGUCGCUGGUGUUCCAGGAGGUGUGUGUGCGCGACGAGAAUGCAGCCAUAGUGCCUCGCGUCUCGCCCUUCCGCCACCCCCCCGUUGACCCUUCCGCCACCGCUGCGGCUGCUGGGGGGAUGGCGCCCAUCACUGCCUCCUCUCCCGCCCCCCUGCCUGCUGCGGCUUCUGACGGUGUUGCGAAUAGCCGGGGGACGGGGAGCAGUAGCAGCAGUGGCGGCAGGCGGAGAGGGGGGUUUGGCAGCGUGGAGACAAGCGUGAGUGGGCAGGGCGUGGACCACCUACUCACACUGCAGCAUGUCGUGACGAGGGACGCCACACGCCGCGUGCACGGCAUGGCAGUGGGCGUGAGGGACAUCCUGCAGGUGGAGCAGGCGCUUGUGCCCUUCACCGCGCUGCCCUUCUUCAACCGCUACACCCUCGCCUGCACGCGCUUCCUCCCUCUUGAAACCGUCUUCUACGCGCUCUUCCCCUCGCCCGCGCGCCAACGGCGCCUGCAGCGCCGCCCGCCCCCUCCUGCGCGCUCGGCACCAUGCACGGUGGUCCUGCACGCGCGGCACGGUGCGUGCAUGGGCGACUUGGCUGCCGUGGACGCGUUUCAGCUGGGGGGUGCGCACUCUGUCAGGGGCUUUGAGCACGGGGAGCUUGCCACGUGCCGGCGCUUCCUUGAGCUGAGUGGGGAGCUGCGUGUGCCGCUGCGAGCGCUGCACGUCUACUCCUUCCUGGACUGGGCGUCCGACCUCGCCUCCUCCACUGCUGUCCCUGGCAACCCCUCGGCGCUCUUUGCCAAGCCCGGCGGGGGCUGGUCGUGCGGCGUGGGGGCGCAGAUGGGGCUCAUGCGCCUGGAGGUGGUGCGCGAUGGGCUGUCGGGCAGGACGGACGUGGGCUGCUACUUCGGGGACCGCUACUAGCACCUGUGGGUGGAACAAGGGAGGGGAUGCCCUGUGGGUCAUCAUGACUCAUGAGUGGGUUCGAUCAGUGCUGAUAAAGUGUUGUUGUGCCGUGUUGUUCUCGAAUGCUGAAUGGCCGGUGGGAUGAUAGUGCACCGUGGCCAGUAGUGAAUGACUUGAGUUGUAAAGCAUUGAGAUUGGGAAUCUUUGU